AUGCCGAUGAAGCUGGAAGGAAGCUGCCAAUGCGGCGGCGUCGAGUUCAGCCUUGACUCCAACACCCCUGUGCCAUACCAGCUGUGUGUAUGCAGCAUCUGCCGCAAAGUAGGCGGAUACAUGGGCAGCGUCAACCUAGGAGGCAUCAACAGCUCCCUCAACAUCACCAAGGGGAAAGACUUGAUAAAGAAAUACCACGCUGUAAAAGACAGGGGCAAGCCGACAGAAGAGAAGUGCAGCUCUGAACGGAACUUCUGCUCAAACUGCAGUACCAUGCUCUGGGUAUAUGAUAAGAGCUGGCCGGAGCUUGUGCAUCCGUUUGCAGCGGCAAUUGAUACCGAGCUGCCCGAGCCGGACGAGAUGGUGUGCAUACUGGCUGAUUCGAAGCCGAAUUGGGCGCGGUGGCCGGAGGGGAAGAAGGUUGUUCAUAAGACGUAUGGAGAUAGUUUGGAGGACUGGCAUAAGAAGCAUGGAAAGUAUGUUGAGUAG